AUGUCAGCGUUCAGCGUUCGAGAUGCGCCGUUCGGCCAAUUCUGUCGAUUAGUUCUCGGUCCCCAAGUUUUUCUUUACCCCAAUGAGAAGGCUGGAUUCCACUAUCAAGCGCCGGAAGAAAGACCAUUUGAAGUACUUACCCCUCACGCGAACAGUAGCUCUACAGACACGGAUGCCGACGUGGAGAAAGCUGAGCCUGUAUCAUCGCCAGACCAGUCAAAGACUGAUUGCCAGACUGUCAAUAGUGUACUGUGGAUCCGCAAUCAUUACUCCAGCUCAACCAACUUUCGUGGAGGUGUUCGGUGUGAACACUCAAGAAUCGUCUUUGGCACUUUCGAUGGUAUUGGGCCAUUGCCUUUUAGCCCUUUGUCGGAAGUACCUGCAGUUGGAUGGAAUAUCCCGUACUUCGUUUCGUUUACGCUCUUCAUAGUUAUCAUCGCCGUGACCUCUCGCGUGUCGAACUUCGCAGGAUUGGUUGUCUUGUGGUUGAUUUAG